AUGGCCUCCAACCCACCAGGCAAAUGCUGCACUGUCGGCGUCAAGCACGAAGGCACACCCAAGGGCGAGCUCAAAGACAUUGGCAACAUCAACACCUACUUCUCCUACCCCGAAUCCAAGCAGACCGAGACUGCAAUCCUCAUUCUCCCCGAUGUCAUUGGCCACAAAUUCAACAACGCCCAGCUCAUUGCCGACCAGUUCGCCGCAAAUGGCUACUUUGUCGUGAUGCCGGAUCWGUUCGAAGGCGACCCAAUACCCCUCAACCGUCCCGAAGGCUUUGAUAUCAUGAAGUGGUUGACCACCUCAGGUCCUAGCAAUGGACACACUUUCAAGCAAGUGGAUCCCAUUGUGGAGGCGGUGAUCAAGGAGAUGAGGGGUAACCUUGGAGUGAAGAAGAUUGGUGCCGUGGGUUACUGCUUCGGUGCCAAGUACGUUGCGCGCUUCAUGGCCGAGGGCAAGGGUGUUGAUGUCGGGUACAUGGCUCACCCAAGCUUCGUGGAUGCCGAUGAGGUCAAGGCCAUGAAGGGACCACUCUCCAUCGCUGCUGCGGAAACGGACCAGAUCUUCCCAGCCGAGAAAAGACAUGAGACGGAGAACAUUCUCAAAGAAAUGUCCAUCCCAUACCAGAUCUCGCUCUACAGCGAUGUCGAGCACGGUUUUGCUGUUCGCGCCGAUAUGAGCAAGCAAUCGGUCAAGUUUGCGAAGGAAGCGGCUUUCCUCCAGGCAGUGACCUGGUUCGACGAGUUCCUCAAGGGCGAGAGAUCGUGGGCUGCGUAG